AUGGAUCAGUCAGGGGGAGUCGCAGCCCUCGUUGAGUUGGUACGGGAAGCGAUGGUCUUGCAGAUGGUGGACGUCGCCGCCAUUACGAUGUUCGUGUGGGACUACCUCAUCACGUUUGGAAUGGAGGUGGAAUACGUGUGGUGUGGGAAGUGGAACUUCAUUACGGCCGUUUACCUCGUCCAACGCUACCUCCCUUUCAUCGACACAGUCUGGAUGAUGCUUCAUGUGGAGCACUUUGGCGCGAACCUCAGUCCGGAAAUGUGCACCGUAUUGACGAAUACGAGCAGAUACAUUAUGUUCGUCGGGCUCGCGUUGUCAGAAGUUAUCCUGACCUUCAGAGCGUGGGCGGUCUGGGAGCGCAAGAGAGUGCUUACAAUCGCACUUCCUAUUCUAUUCAUCGCAUGCUGGAUCCCGCCCAUUCUGGUUCUACACGAUUUUUUAAAAGCCCUUCAUUUUUCCUAUCAUCCGAUUCCUCAUUGGAAGGGGUGCUUCGCAAUCAUGGGCAGCUAUAACAUAGUUGUUGUUUGGAUUCUUCUUUUGGUGUGGGAUCUUUUUAUUCUGAUACUUAUGGUCGUCCCUGCUUUGAAAGCCUAUCAUUACAGAGGAUACUCUGCUCUGUACAGUACUGUGUAUGCUGAAGGAAUUGUUUACUACCUUUAUCUCUUCGUCAUGUCGGCUCUCAACAUUGUUUUGCUUCGCUUAGAUUCGGUCAGCACUGUCUAUCGGUUCAUGUUCGUGUCGAUGUCGCGUUGUCUCCACUCGACGCUCACAAGCCGGGCCCUUCUACACAUCCGGGCUCGCCUCAGCGAGGGAACGACUGUCGGAAUAGUGACCAUAACCACCGACGAAUCUGCCCAUCUUGACACUCUGUCUAGUGCCGAGAGGCAUGCUAGAGAGGUUCCAUGA